AUACUAUUAUUCCGCGCAUUGGAUUAUUUUUAUUACGCUACACAAUCAGUCGAUGGACUCGCGAACAUGUUUUCGUUGGGUUGAGCGCGUGUACGAGUACACAACGUGUCGUCCAAGUGCGUUUUUUGGUCUUCGAAAUUGAGCUAAUUUUAUUCGUCGAGCUGCGCGUUUUGUGCUCCUCUCUAUUUUAAUUUUUUUUAUUGUUUCAAUAACGAUCGACUACAUGUAAUUUUGAACGGAGAUGUGAAGUUUCGCGAGCAAGUGAAGUGAAUUGUGAACUUAUUAUUACCAGCUUUGAUAAAGGACCAGAUUCUUUGAAAACGAAGCAGAAAUGCCUACCAACGAAAUGGAGGAGAUAGAAAUCAGCACAAUAUCUGGUAAACCGGACAACGCCGUUGCUGUUAGAAAUGCCUACAAGAGAUACACAUCCACCAAUGUCAUCUUGGACGGGUUAAAUAUGACAGUAGGCGAAGGAACAAUAUACGGUUUACUAGGUCCGAGUGGUUGUGGCAAAACUACAUUACUCAACUGUAUCGUCGGUCGAACCGAAUUGGAUGCUGGAAAUAUUCAAUUAAAAGUUAAAAAACGAUCCGAAGUCGGAUAUAUGCCACAAUUUCUGAAUUUACACGAUCAAAUGACCAUCUUCGAGAACUUCUUUUUUUACGGAUAUCUUUACGGUAUGGACUCGGAAAACAUUAAAGCACGUGCCAUAGAUCUCAUUGCAUUUUUAGAUCUUCCUUCCGGACAUCGUUUCGUGAAAACGUUGAGUGGUGGUCAACAACGAAGAGUUUCAAUAGCUAUAGCAUUUAUUCACGAUCCCAAACUAUUGAUAUUGGACGAACCUACCGUAGGAUUAGAUCCAGUUCUCAGUCAAAGUAUUUGGGAACGUUUACUAGAAAUGACAACAAAGGGAAAAACGAUAAUAAUUACCACUCAUUAUAUACAAGAAGCUAGACAAGCUCAUACGAUAGGUUUAAUGCGAAGCGGUAUCCUGUUAGCCGAAGAACCACCGAACCAUUUGAUAGAAAAAUUCGGUUGUAAUGAUUUAGAAGAAGCAUUUUUAGCUUUGAGUCAUAAACAAGAAAGCGCACCCAAAGAUCCAACGAUAAAUUAUCCUAAAAUAAAUCAACACGUUAAAGCUUAUUUCGAAGACGACUCGAAGACAUUUUCAAAUAAGACUUUUAGAGGAAUUAUGUAUAAGAAUUUAACUCUCCUGAAACGAGAAUAUAUAUUUAUGUUAUUCGUUGUGAUAUUACCAAUAGUGCAGACUUACCUAUUUAACGUGGCCAUCGGUCGUAAACCUCGAAAUUUAAAUAUAGCCGUAGUAAAUGAGGAAAUUUCCAGUUGCCAAUACUCCGCAUCUUACAGCGGCUGCUUCUUAGACGAAAAGCAAAACGUGUCCUUGAGCUGUUUAUACUUAGAAUUUCUUAAAAAUGAUUCUUAUAAUUUUGUGCAAUACGAUGACGAUGAUAUCGCUUUGAACGAUGUUAGAAAGAAUAAAGUUUGGGGAUUGUUGCAUUUUCAAAACAAUUACACCAAAUCUUUAGCUAACAGAGUCACCGAAGGUACGAGAGUAUCGCCGGAAGAUGUUACCAGCAGUUUAAUGAACACGUGGGUUGAUUUAUCGAAUCAAUAUAUUGGUAAUUUCAUCCGAUACGAUAUCGUUCGUUCGAUGUUCUCGUUCUUGAGACAAGCGUUGGUGAACUGCGGCGAAAAUCCCAAACUUGGUGCUUUACCACUUUCGUUUGAACAACCAGUGUUCGGAUCUUUCGAUGAAAACUUCAUCAGUUAUGCGUCAACUGCCAUAUUAUGUUUAUGUUGCUUUUUCUUCCCCUCGAUCUUGACCGGAGGUCUUAUUUUGACUGAAAAAUUAGGAGGAAUGAUUGAAAGAAUGAUGGUGGCAGGAGUAACGAUGAUCGAGAUGAUGGCUUCGGUCAUGGUAAUUCAAGUUUUUGUACACAUAAUACAAACAACUCUAGUCAUGAUAGUCAUGUAUUGGGUAUUUGAUAAUCCAUUCGAAGGAAGUCUAACUACACUCUCUAUACUGAUGAUGGUGACUGGUUUCGCCGGAAUGUUCUUCGGUUUUAUGUUAGCUGUGAUAAAUAGCGAAAUGGCAAUAACCGCGUAUUCGGGAAUUUGCACAAAUAUCGUGUUAUGUUUCACAUCUGGUUUGGUAUGGCCUAUUGAAGCUGAGCACUGGUUAUUGCGAUCGGUUAGUUGGGUAUUUCCGUUGACCUGGACGGUGGACGCUGCGAGAGGAAUUUGCUCAAAGAAUUUUGCAUUUCUACAUCCAGUGGUUUUGAAAGGAUUCGCUUCCACUAUCGUGUGGAAUUUCAUAUUCGUGUAUAUCAUUUAUUUCUUUAUUAAGUAUAAGAAAGAUGUAUGGGUUGCUAAGAAGUAAAUAAUGCGACUAUGAAGUAUCUAGUGUUCUGUGUACAUAAUAUAUAAUUUUGUAGAUGUUCAAAAGCGAAGCGAAACACUUCUUUUGUAAACAUUUGUUAUUUAUUGUGUGGUGUUUCUUUUGUAUAAUAAGAUUUUAAACUCAGGAUAAGUGAAGAACUUUGAUGUAAAUAUAUCGUGUAAACUCGA